AUGCUUGGAAAUAUUUGCCUUAAUGCUGAAUUGAUUUUUCCCGUUUGUGAAAAACCCCUCACUUACGAAAUGGAACUCGACAAUUUUCCGAAAGAAGAACUGAAAGAACUGAUCUGGAUGGAAGCUAAGCACCAUCAUAAUAGAUUACGCGAGCAAGAAGAAAAAACUUCCGAGCAAUGA